AUGCAGCACCAGCAAGGCGGCUAUCGCCCUGCUGCGGAAAGGUUUCGAUUCAACGAGACCGAGGCCGCAUCACCCGCCUUCGAUCCGCUGCGCUCUCCCUCGCCGUCACCCUCUCCUGCUCUCUCAGCGUACUCGUACUCCUCCACCUCGAGCGCCGACGACUACUCCGAUCACGAGCAGGACCCAGACCUCGCUUCAUUGUCUCUCGAGGCGAUAGAUGAGCCGCAAUACCAACUCGCAGAUGGAGCCAUCGCGCCGCGAGACCGUCAUCUUUUCGCACAUGGUCUCACCAAUGCCGACCUCGAUCCUCGCCAAUCAGGCAUCCCAAGUGGUGCCGCCACUCCCGUAGCUUCGCAGUCUUCAUCGACCAAAGCACUCAAGCAAACCUCCCGCGCAUCAUCCUCGUCGCCCACCGGUGCCAACCUAUCGGCAUUCUCUUCUCUCUAUCGCAGCUUUUCGCCACAGCAACACACUCCAGAGGGUUCGGCAUCGCCUUCACACGACGCAUCUCCGUUCGCAGAUGUCCCAGACAGCCUCGAGGAAAAGCGACUCCCAUCAGAUUCGGAGGAAGAGCAAGUCGAGCGCGAUGCUGAAGUGGACGCCGAAGCUGAUGGCUUCGAUGCGACUGACGUCGACGAAGAGGACAUGCAUGCCGACGGGAUUCCAGCUGCGAGAGGUUGGCGUCUCGACGCACGUCAAGCCGACACUGAGCAGUUUCGCGCAAAGGUGCUCGAGCUCUUUUCCCAACAGCUGCGCCUCUUUGGCUGGACAGAGGAGACAGUCGACGCUUCAGUGUCGCCUCUCGACCCUAGUCAAGUCAAGUUGAAGCGCAUCAGCGGCGCUCUCACCAACGCCGUCUUCUUUGCAAGUUAUCAGCCACCCGACACUGCUCGCAGCAUCGCGGCUCUACCUCCGACCGUCCUGCUUCGUGUCUAUGGCGCCAGCUCAGAAGCGCUUCUUUCUCGACGCGCCGAGCUGCUCAUCCUCCAUACGCUGUCGAGCCUCUACGAGAUCGGCCCACACAUCCUCGGCACUUUUGCCAACGGCCGCGUCGAAGAGUUUUACGACUGCGACCCCAUCAACAAGGACGGCAUGCGCGACUUUGGCGAUCGCGAGGCGUACAUGCUUCCAGCUGGCAGUCUCGUCGUCAAGGGCCGCGAGGGUCGCGCACACUGGGUAGCGCGACGAAUGAACGAGCUCCACUCGGUCCCCCUUGAGGUCAUGCAAACCGUGCUCGAGCAGGGCAAUCUGCGUGGGCCCAGUCAGAAGGGCUUUGGACGAGGUAUCGAGAACCACAUCAUGGCCUGCUCGCAUCGUCCUCGUCGCAAAACGACUCGUCAGCGCUUCCCGUCAGGCCUACCAGACAAAGACGUCGCCUCGCCUCAUGCAUACGGCCUCGAUAACCGCGGUCUGAUGCGCGAGAGCCCCGCGCCGAUGGGGCCCAAUGAGCCUUCCCUGGCCGGCAGCAUGGAUAGCUACCGAGGCUACGCAUUCUCGCACCGCAACAGCUCGGCCGUCUCGCUCGACUCGCUCGCCACCAGCUACAACUCGCAAUCCAGCUUCUUUGGUGACAGCCCAGCCAUGACAGGUGUCACCAGCCCAUCCCUGUCCGGCUCAUCAGGCACCGAUACCCCCAACUCGUACUUCCCACCCGUCACCAACGGUCCCAUGAGCCCGCUCGCAUUGGGACCGCAGGGACGAUCUUCGCACAAGCAGUCCUCCUCGCGAGGCCCUUACCCCGGCGUGUGGCGUCGACUCAAGAGAUGGUUGCGCGAAGCAGCCAAAGUGAUCGAGCUGGUCGAUCGCUUCGCAAAGACGGAGAGCGGCGCCAAGGCAAUCGCCAUGUGCUUCUCGGAUCAUCCAUCCAUCCGCCAGGAAUUGCAAGCCGACCCAAAUGCGCUUUCGACGGCAAACAUCGGCCCCACGCCUGGUAAUCUUCGCAACUCGCUUCGUGCCAUCCGCGCCCUUGACUUCGUGUCAUUGUACCGCGACGUUGAGGAUUUCAAACGAUUCGUCAGAAAGUGGGAACGCCGAGAGGGGCCUUCCCGACGUGUUUUUGCGCACAACGACGCUCAGUACGGUAACUUGCUCGCCAUCAAGCAUUUCAACGCGCCCGCCGCAUCACGUUCCACGCAACCAGAGCAGAGAUUGCGAGAUGCCAAGUCUCCCUCCGUGGAAACGCCCUCCAUUCCAGCCGGCAUGCCCCGUCUAUCGUCGCACGACAGCAGACGCGAGAGCACCGCGUCAAUUCCAGGCUCGCAGAGUCCCGUCUUCGCACGAUCCAAGAGCCGCAGUCGUGUCAACUUCAAGAAGCCGCCGCCGCUCCACCACCGCAUUGUCGUCAUCGACUUCGAGUACGCCAGUCCCAAUCCGCGCGGCUAUGACAUUGCCAACCACUUCCAGGAAUGGCGUGCAGACUAUCACCACGAGACGCUCUCCUGGUCCCUCACGCACCACGGCAGCUAUCCGGAUGAGCAGCAGCGCCGCAAGUGGCUCCGCGCAUAUGUGGAGCAAGGUCGACUCCUUCGCAUGGGUGGUCGUGCGUCUAAGGGCGGACCUGUCAGUUCUGACGUUCCCGGCGACAUCUCGCUGCCUCCCCCCGUCACCACGCUCCAGUAUCCGUCGGCAGACACGGAGAUGAAGGGACCCAUCACGGUAGAGAGGCCGAGUGCGCCGGUCACCCCUGGAACGGGCGCAGCCCAAGUCGCAGCGCUGGAAAAGUCAUUGGGCGAACGGAAGCGACCGACCGUGUCGCAGAACAGCUCGAACGCGUCUUCAACAUUGCGAAGAGGCUCUUUGUCGAGUCUGUCGUCCAACGACAGCGAAAGCAUGCAGAGCAGGGUCUUGGGAAGGAAAGGCAGCAUCGAAUCGAUCUCCUCUUCUUCGUGGCAGGCGCCUCCUUCAGCUGUGGCGCGAGCUGUGCCCCCAUCUGCUCCUGGCACACCCGCGAGCUGCCUCGGCAUCGCUUCGCCUUCUUUGGAAGGCUCGGCAUCGCCUCAAGUGCUGGCGCUCGCCUCUCUGGACGCGAGCAUCGAGAAGGAAGUGGACCGUCUCGAGCGCGAGGUCCAUCUCUGGAGUCCAGCAACGCAUGCCGUCUGGGGCCUGUGGGGCAUCGUGUUCGCACGAGAAGAGCUCGAAUCCGUGCUCACCCGAGCCAAGGCCGAAGCAGAGGGUCAGCCGGUCGAAGAAACCGUGCUUUCGGAUGUCAGCACCAAGCUCGUCCCCUCGGCCGCGUGCGCCGAGAGCUUCGACUAUCUGCGCUAUGCGCUUGGCCGCAUCGAGCUGUUCCAGCAGGAGUUUCAACAGCUCAAGGAGCUUGGCAUCGACGCUAUCUGA